AUAACGCUGGGUGGGGUUAAACUGUUCAUUUAAAAGCUGCAAGUCGUGACCAGCAGAGCACGAGUGGAGAGAAAAUCCAAAAGGCAAAAUGGUGAAAUGGUCAGACUUCGAACGCACCACCAUCCAGGACAUCUUCUCGAAGAUGGACAAAGACGUCGUGGGUCCUGCAGCUCUUUCCAGGUGCCUGAUCGUCUACCCCUGGACCCAGAGAUACUUCGGUAGUUUUGGAAACCUCUACAAUGCUGCUGCUAUCAAGUCAAACCCGAAGGUUGUAGCUCAUGGAAAGGUUGUCCUGGCUGGUCUGGAACGAGCUCUGAAGAACAUGGACAACAUCAAGGAAACGUACGCAGAGCUGAGCGUGCUGCACUCCGAGAAGCUGCACGUGGAUUCAGACAACUUUAAGCUCCUGGCGGACUGCCUGACCAUCGUGGUUGCUGGUCAGCUGGGUAAAGACUUCACUCCUGAUGUCCAGGCAGCUUUCCAGAAGUUCCUGGCUGUGGUGGUGUCCGCCCUGAGGAAGCAGUACCACUAG